AUGGGCUCCACCUCUGCGGGUGGCGGCGGGGACGGGGGCGGGGGCAGGGGCGGGGCCUCCCGGCGUAGUAGCCCCCUCCCCGCAGAGAGCCGCCGACUCUCUCCAGUCCGAAUUUCUUUCGCCUCGGCAGAAGAAUCGUCGCCGCCUUGGGGGCCGCCGCUGAGGCGUGGAGGGCACCACGGCCCUGCCGCCUCGGGCUCUUCGCGCGGGGCGGGGGCGGGCCCUGUCCUUCGUUCCGCGCUUCGGACGUCUUUUCGUCUCUCGAGGGACAUCGAAGCGUCGCGAUGUGGCUUCUCGUGCGGAAGCACCCCGGCGUCGCUAGACAGCGGCACGCCUGAAGAUGACUUGCGCCAGGAGACGCGGAGGCAGGCAGCUGCUUUGAGGGGCCUCCGGAAGUCUGCGCAGGACAUCGUGGGCGACAUGGAAAAGAUUCAGCUAGAGGCAGACGUCCGUGCGAAGAAGCAACUCGACGUGGACAUCGAGCAUGCGCUGCUUGCCUCGAUUGAAAAAUCAACGCGCCAGUGGCACAGACAGGCGCAGCGCCUCUUCUGCCACCUCGUCCCGCCAGACUGGGCGAUAGACGACUCAGAUCCACUGGUGAAGCGGAUGCGCCGCAAGCCGGAGAAGGAGGUGUAUCAGUGGGACUCGGAUGUCGAGAGCGAGGCGGAGCAGGAGUACUGGCGCGGGCCGUCGCCAGAAGACAUCUUUGGAGACAACCUCAUCGUGAAACCGAAAACGCCCUACAAACUGCUCGGCGUCUACACCCGCCGGAUGUGGGCGGCGUCUGUUCCUGCGCCGUUCAUCCGCCUCCACGAGAGGGAGAAAUGCUUGCAGCAGCAGGCUGACGCCCAGGCCCCGCGGCUCGGCGUGUCUCAGCAGUCAGACGACUCGCAGCGGUCCACGGGGAAAGACGUGGCGACCUGCCGCCGCGUGAGUGAGCGAGCGACGCCGAGGCGACGCCGCGCGAAACUCGUCCCUUCGGCGCCGGAGAAUGCGGGGAUUCGGCACGCGCAUCUCGUGACGAAGGGGCCGGACUACGAAGCGAUGGUGACGGGCGCGACCGUGGGGCAUUGUGCGUAUUCGUGUUCAGGAUGCGAGCCGACGCCUUGCCCGUUUCCGCUGGCGGCCCUCAAGUCCGAACCCCCUCCAGGGUACGCGCGCGCGCCGGUGGCGGAGGAGAACGCGCGAAUUCCGUCUGUGCUGGAAGACUUUCUCUACCUGGCGCACGUGCCCAUCAAGCGGCCGCCGUGGGACGCGCGAAAGUCGCCGCUGCUCUCCACUCAGGAAGUCAAGAAGGCGGCCUCGAAGCCAGAGAACGGCGCGGAGAAGGAAGACGACGUCAGCCAGCGCGCCCGCCGCCGCGGACACACAAUAUACUCGACUGAGUCCCGUGCGUGGACAUACGGCUUGUUUCGAGACACUCACCGCUUCACGGGGCUGGGCAGGACUCUCGGCUCCUGGUUCGGGCUGCCCCUGGAGGACGCGGAGGAGAACGGAGAGGGCGGCGAGGACCGACCCGUUUUCCGCGACUUGCCGACCGAAGUGGACUUCCCCUUCUCACCCUUCCACGUUAGCAGCACUUUCAGCAUGUCCCCGCUGCUCGACGUGAGGCAAAUGACGCGCGCGCACGAAGGCGGACCCGCGAAGACACGCGCCGAACCCAGUGCCUCAUUCGAACGAGCGCCCGUCGAAGAGAGGCCGACGCAGGGCCCCGAGGAGGCGGAAGAGCGACCAGAGGGGCCGACGGGGGACGCGGAUGCCGGAGAGGCAGAGAAGGCCCCUGAAAAGGCAACGACAGAUGAACCCUCGUGGGUGAGCAGGAAAGUCAAAGAAGUUUGCCAGAGAUUCAGCGUUCCAGACGUUCAAACGAUUUGUCAGAUCUCCCAGAAACUCAAGGAAGGCGUCGCCGCCGCCAAACACGAAACUGAAAAUCGCAUUUUUGACCAGAAGGACGUGCGAAUUUUCGAGUACUGGCAGCUUCAAAGAGACCGAGACGGGCCUGCAUGGGUAUACCAGGGGCUGCAAUGGGACUUACCUGAGCACUACCGGCGCGAGGUUCCCAUGCAGGGCUCUCCGCUGACAGAGGCGGAGAUCGCCGCGCAGCAGGCGGCGCAGAAGGAGGUGCCGGUGGACAAGCGCACCCUUCUUCACCUGAAAAGGAGAGGGCAGCCGCGCGCGAAAAAGAAAUUCAGCAGUCUCUUUGUGAAACAGCAUCUUCUUCGCGCGGACUCGGACGUCUCUGCGAGGAGUAUAGCGUCAAAGGCGCUGCCGCAGAAACGGGUUCGCUUCUCCUCUCUGUUCCCGGGACUGCGGACAGCGUUUUUCCUCUCGACAGCGUGCGGCGAAACGCGACCGGCACCGGAUCACGCCAGCGGGCGCGUUUCCCCGUCGAGCGACGGCCGACAGCGGGUCGUCAACGGCGCUCUCAGAUCGGAGAGCGGGAACCUCGCGAAUCCUGCCGAAGAAGUCGCGGAAGUCCGCCAGAUCUAG